AUGCCAAACCUCAUGCUGCCUGGUACGGGAGAGUCGUCGCGUUCGCACAGUAGGCAACGGGCAAAGACGGACGCGCAUGAGCAUAGAAGCGUAUGGGACCCGUUCAAGAAGAUUGGAAGCUGGCUGCGCAGGGAAGAGGAGGAACCUCCGCCUGAGAAAUUGGCGGUAGAGGAUGGCAAGGACAAUGCACGCCCCCAUUCUAGUGGAGAGCAUCAUGGACGGCCUUCGGGAUUGUUGAAUAGGAGGAGUACUAGGAAAGUCGUGCCUGGACUGCCGAGGCCGUUGACGUUCAAGAGGAUGAAUUCUGAGAAGAGGGAUCGAUUGGAGCCUGUGCCUAUUGAUGCGGAGCAGAGGCGGGCAGCGUCGGCGGACCGAAGGGACUCCCAACUCGUACCCAAACGAACACUCUCACUCCCGCCAGCAUCGGUGCCUUCCAUGUCGGCGCCUGACGUUCUGAGUCCGCACGACAGCGAAAGUCAGAAACCUGGCCCCUUUAUUGGUGGUGCCCCAGACUCCAAUAUCCCUGCAGGUGCAAGGCAGGUCGAUUAUGCUAUGGACGAGAGCAUAGACUACAUCUCGGGAGACGAUGCUCGUCCUUUGUCAAUGGCUAGAGAUUCAUUUUACGAGCGAGAUUCGAACCGUUCAGUCGAUGAGAUCGAUGAUGCCAUGUUACAAGAAGAACUCGAGGCAAAAUGGAUUCUCAAUCUGAGCAUGCAUUUCCGCGACCUCUCCGAUCGAGAGAAAUUCUUUAUCACAUAUGCCGAGGAGCCCAACAAGUGGAGGCGGGUCACAGUCUCAUGUGACUAUCGUGCCCUUGAACCAGACUCUCUUGAGGCCGAUCUCAAGAGCCUCCAUUAUCAGCGCGACAAGAGCUCCAGAAUCUACGAAGCCAUCCGAGAUUCGUUGCCUGACAUCCAGUUCUACGAUACGGUUACCAAUCUUAAACUGCAGACAGCUGAUGGACGCCUCCAUGUGCAUGUCACGGAAGAUGUCAACGAAACAAUACCGUACCCCCCUCUCUCCGCUGUAGACCACCUCACCUGCAGAAAAUUCAAGGAGAGCGCUAUUAGUUUCGACUCUCACAUUUCGGGAUUCGUCUAUAAGAUCUCUGCACAUGGAAGAGAGUAUAUCAAGAAGGAGAUUCCGGGUCCUGACGCGGUAGAAGAAUUCCUGUACGAGAUCAAUGCCCUUUCCAGCCUGCAAGACGCCAAGUCAGUCAUCAAAUUCGAAGGCGUCAUUGUCGACGAGGGGCACCAGUUGAUCAAGGGUCUGCUCAUUAGCUACGCCGAAAAAGGUGCGCUUGUGGACCUCUUGUACGACCUCAAGGGGUCCGACCAGAUGCUUUGGCCUCGAAGGGAGCAAUGGGCAAGGCAAAUCGUUGAAGGCUUAUCCGAGAUACAUGAAGCCGGCUUCGUCCAAGGCGAUUUCACGCUAUCAAACAUCGUCAUUGAUAACAACUACGACGCAAAGAUUAUCGACAUCAAUCGCCGCGGCUGCCCUGUUGGUUGGGAGCCUCCGGAACUCGCAAGGCUCAUCGAGAGCGGGCAGCGCAUCUCCAUCUACAUCGGUGUCAAAUCUGAUCUCUUCCAACUGGGCAUGGUGCUGUGGGCACUCGCAGCGCAGGACGACGAACCCGAAAGACAAGAACGACCGCUCCAUCGAUGCAUCGACCGGUACUCAGACGUGCCGCAAUACUUCCGAAAUAUCGUCAAAUCACUACUCAGCGACAACCCUCGAGAUCGUCCAUCUGCCAAAGAGCUCAUAUCGCUAUUCCCCGAUCCAGCAGCACAGCAGUCUGUCACAUUUAUUACUGAGAAGCGACAGAGCUUGUCUGAGCAUCGUCCGGACAAGGAAUACAUCGACCCAGCUAUGGCCGUAGACAGGGAAGACAUUUCCAAUCUCCAUCUGCGAGCCAAGUCUUCUUUGCCCAACGUCAAUAUGCCCUCGACAGAAUAUGUUGACUCCAAUUGCUCUUAUAUUCUCCCGACCUCUGAGCGAGGCCGCUCUCCCUCGCGGGAACAGCGCCGGUACCGCCAAUCUGAUUCUUCACCAUACACGGGCCGCCGCUCAGUCUUGUCUCUUGAUGACAGUGAAUUGGAGAAUGAACUUGCGAGCCUUCCUGCCAGUCGCGAACCUCUAUGGGAACAAGUAUAUGUAGAUGGUGAUACAAAACUUGUCCAACGCCGCGGUCUGGAUAUCGAUGCCCACGACUUUACGAACCAAGAACCCAAGGAUAUAUGCAUCACGACUCCCCCCGGAGAGCUGGAAUCUUCAAUCACUUCAACAAAGAAGAGUGACGACACAACACCCCUCAGUCUCUCUACUGUUGCAGAGCUUCCACCACCCCAGCCCAAUCGACUCGCACUUCCUGGACAGCCUGAUGAUUCGGCCGACCUGCCAAUGGAAUUGGCAUCCCUCCGACACCCAUCCAACAAGGCCUCAUUCAGCGAUCGCGUACAUCAGCUUAACCAGACAGACGAUCCACAUAUUAAGCGAUCAAAUACACUUACAGACCUCGAGAAUGAAGUCGCCAUGGACACAAGUAUAAGCAGCAGUGCAGCGCCCAGUCGUGUCGGAACCGGGUUCUCCAUCGAUCGCGUCUUCCGCCAUCCUCUCCACCAAGAUUCCGGCUUCAACGAACCGGACCGUACUAGCCUUGAUUCCGAAUGCAUACGGCGGUCUCUGGAUUCGGAUUUGAACUAUCAUACAACACUUUUGGAUGAACCUAUAAUAGAGGAGAGGCUCUGGGAUCAGAGGAUGGAAGGUCGGUUCGGCGAGGGCGUGCGUGGGCACGAGCUACUACUCAAGUCAAGUGCAACCAUACCACAACGUACGGAAACCACAGUCAAGCCUUCUGAGCGAAUCUCAGAGGAAGAAGCAAUGGAGAAGGCGCUCGAAGAGAAGACAAGCAACACAACCAUCCGGCCACCGAGUCUCAAGAUACCCGAGUUCGCACACGGAAUACCCGAGGCCGUCGAUGCAGUCAAAGAACCCGAACCCGCACCAGAGAAGAUAAUGACAUUCGACAUCCGCCGUGAAGAGGAUGAAACCCCUCACGAGCAUGCGGCUGAAGAAGUCAUGUACGCCCUCAGCCAUGUCUUCCCCCGACACCACUACGAACACGAGCGAGCGCAACGAAGAAAGAAAGAAGCGUCGCUCUAG